AUGAAGACUCUCAAGGACAAUACUAGUAGUAGUGGAUUACUGGAAGUGUUAAAAAUUCUCUGGUCAGACUUCCUUGAGUGUUACUCCUGCUCUACCCUACUGGCCUGGUCAGUGUGGUGGGCUUUAUCCACAUGUGGUUACCUCCAGGUGAUUAAUUAUGCUCAAGCACUUUGGGAGAAAAUCUUGCCUUCCAGUGAUUUUGAGAUCUACAAUGGAUACGUGGAGACAAUAUCUACCUUGCUUGGCGCUUUUGCAGCAUUUGUUGUAAGCUUUGUGAAAGUGUCCUGGGCAGUGUGGGGAGAACUCGCCCUCUGCAUUUUCUCUGUGGUAAUUGCAGUGUGUGUGUACCUCAUGGACACCAUCCGAAAUAUCUGGGUUUGCUACACUUCCUACAUGCUCUUCAGAGCUACCUACAUGCUGCUUAUCACCAUAGCAACGUAUCAGAUAGCUGCUAACCUAAGUAUGAGAAGAUAUGCUUUGGUUUUUGGAAUAAACACUUUCAUCGCACUUCUACUGCAGACGCUUCUUACUGUGAUUGUAGUAGAUUCUGUCGGUCUAGGCCUGGACAUUUUUCUACAGUUUCUGAUCUAUGCAAGUUACUUUGCUGUAAUAGCUGUGAUAUUCUUGAUUGCUUGGCUGUAUAAACUGUACAAAAGAAGGGGACCUGAAGGACAGAAUGAAUUACCCUCAACAGAAACCGUUCCAGAGGCUUGAAACCCCUUACAUCAGCAUCCGUUAAGCACAAGGUUAUAGAAUAGUCUUUCCGUUCAACUGAAUGCAUAGGUAAAAAAUAAUCAGGUCAAAAUCAAUAAUAACUGUAUAUUAAGAAAAUGCAGCAUUUCCAAAUCAGUCACAGAUCCAGCUUUUAAAGGUUAUAAAAGCACUGGUGAUUUUGAUAACAGAGUUUACAAUUAUACACUGAAAGUGGCCGUUGGGGGUCCCAGAGUGUGAAGAACAAAAUCCACUUAUUUAAUAUUUUAUUCACACCAUUAUGAUGCCUUACUUUACUUGAAUCUAAGCAACUAGGACAAAAUAAGUAGUCUUGACGUUUUAGCCAAUACUAUCACAUUAUUAAUGUAAGCGCUUGUUUGAAUCGGCAAUCUUUUCAGUUUUUCUCUGACACAUUUGCAGAGUUAUGGUACUUUCACUGCAAAUAACUCUUUUUUUUUUUUUUUUUUUUUCUCUCUU